GACACGGCUGGCGCGGGCGGGCCCGUCCCCCCUGCCCCUGGGUCGCUCUUUUUAAGCUCCCCUGAGCCGGGGCUGCGCUCCUCUAAUUGGGACUCCGAGUCGGGGCUAUUUCUGGUGUUGGCGCGGCUCCAAGAAGGCAUCCGCAUUUGCGACCGGCGGCGGCGGCGGUGGCGGCAGAGCCCAGGCCGGUGCCCUGAGCCCAGCCACGCCGCACCCGGCAGCCCCGAGCGCGCCCCGCCGGCGGCCUGCGGAGCUCGCGACUCACUGUGUGCUGCCCCACACAUAGAGAAGGAGAAUGAGCGAGUCGGGCUCAAAGUCCAGCCAGCCCCUGGCCUCCAAGCAGGAAAAGGAUGGGACUGAGAAGCGAGGCCGGGGCAGGCCGCGCAAGCAGCCUCCGGUGAGUCCUGGGACGGCGCUGGUAGGGAGUCAGAAAGAGCCCAGUGAAGUGCCAACUCCGAAGAGACCUCGGGGCCGACCAAAGGGAAGCAAGAAUAAGGGCGCCGCCAAGACCCGGAAAGCCACCACAGCUCCAGGGAGGAAACCAAGGGGCAGACCCAAGAAACUGGAGAAGGAGGAAGAGGAGGGCAUCUCCCAGGAGUCCUCUGAGGAGGAGCAGUGAUGACCACUCGCAGUGCCGCCUGCUCCAUAGCCACUGAGGAGCAGCUAUCCCCUGGGACUGGAAGCCCUGCUCCCAGGCCCCUCCCCGCCCCCACUGCACACUACCGCACCAGGCACCAGCUGCAGGCUCUGCUCCGUGGCACCCAAGGGAGCAGGAUUCGGCUCAGUCCCUGUGCCCUUCUCCCGACACACCUGCCCCAUCCUGACAAGGCUAACUUCCCAUUUAGCCGCAGCCCGGCCUGCUGCGCACCUCCCUCAGAGCUGUGGCUCUCUGGGCGCUUUGUUUUGCAGGUCCUUUCUGCCCUGCUGUUCCUGGCUUCCCCGUAGAGGGUCCUGGGAGCAUUCCCUGGCCUUAAGGGGCCCCAGCCCCAUCUCAUUCUAACAAGGCCCAUUGGCUGACCUAGCAGCAGCAGUGUGGUCAUUGCAGGGGAUGCUUAGAUCCCAGCAUGUCCCCACCAAAGUGUCACCGGGUGGGUUUCUCAGCCCCUCCUGCCCCACCCUACAGAGAUCCUGCACUAGGUUGGCUGAGCCCCUUGACAACAGGAAGUAGGAUGAUGUUGGCUCCACCCACUUUGCUGUUCUCACCUGAGACUAGACAGAUGGGGUUACCACCCAUCUCCGGAGUGAGGUCCUGUUCUCGCCUCCACCAAAGGCAAACGGGGCACCAACACGCUUCCCCCAGUCCACUCUAGGCUGUUCCUUUCUCCCGCAGGGCACUAAGGAGCUAGCCUUGCCGCCCCUCCUUUUCGCUCCUCCCUGCCCCCCAUGGUUCUGGUUCCAUCUUCUCCUCUGUUCACAAACUACCUCUGGACGGUUGUGUUGUUUUUUUUUUGUUCCAUGUUCAUUCUUAGAUACCCACUAUUGCUGCUGCUACCAGCGUCAGAUGUUCAUCCUCCUGACUUUGCCUGUAUUCUCUCCCCCACACAAUACACUCGAGGGGAAGGGGGGCUGGGGCGCAGCAGGCUGGUUACCUACCCCACACUAAGGAAGAUGGGGGCCCGCCCCGUGGAUGCUGCAGCAGAGUGAGGAGGGGGGCCCACUUUGAUGGGAAAAGGGUGUAGGGCCACCUCCCCUCGUUCUGUGGGGGAGGGGUGGCCAGUAUUUGUCCCAGCCUGGGGCUUCCUCCCUGGUUUCUUAUUUGCAGUUACUUGAAUAAAAAACAAAUAGCCUUUUCUGGACAGUC